CUUCUGGAAAAAGGCACUGCCAUUCCAGUUCCUAAAAUCAAGAGUGUCAAAUCAUAUAAUGACCUUAGACCAAUAUCCCUCACACCUAUACUUGCUAGAGUCUUUGAAUCUUUUUUAGUUAAAUGGAUUGUGGAGGAUAUUAAAGUUAGUUUAGAUUCUAGACAAUUUGGAAGUAGGAAGAAAUCAUUGACAUCCCAUUACCUUAUAAGCCUAAUUGACACAGUCCUUAAAGAUCUUGAGUGUGGUGGAACCUAUAUUUAUCUGUGUGCAAUUGAUUUUACUAAGGCCUUUGACCUUGUAGACCAUUCCAUUCUUAUAAAGAAGUUAAUCGACAUCGGGAAGGUUACUUGUGGCAUCCUGCAAGGGACAAAGCUAGGCCCUGUGUUAUUCUUGCUGCUCAUUAAUGAUGCAUGUGUCGGAAGCUGCAGAAGGUGGAAAUACGUAGACGACCUCACCCUGGGAGAGGUUGUUAAUAAAGGAGCAAGACCUUCAAUGCAGGAGAUGCUUAAUGAUCUUAAUGAUUGGUGCAAUGAGAACAACAUGACUCCGAAGCCUUCUAAGUGUCAUAUAAUGACUGUCAAUUUUUUGAAAGAUGUCAGUGUUAAUGUAGAGUCCCCCAUUUUCAAUUUGAAUAGCACAAACAUUGAUGUAGUAGAGCAUAUGAAAUUGCUUGCUGUCAUAAUCCAAU